GUGGUGUUGGAUUGAGCAUGCCUGGCUUCAUGCGCUGAACAAUCACAACACCGUGCAGAGAUGGCAGCGCUGUCAUCACCGUUACGAGUCUGUCGAGGAAUACUGAAAGAAUUGCGGGCCAUCCAAGGACCGAGUUACAAACAGUCUCUGGCCUACAACUAUGUAAUGGACCAGUUUCGUAAAAAUAAGGUAACAGGAGAAAGGUACUGCCGUGCCCAGCAGGAGGCACACCAUGCCUCACACACAUACCUGUGUUUGCUGUCAUCUACCAGGAACCACCUAGCCCUGCACAACCUUUACCAUGGCAAGGGAGAGCGCAGCCCAGAAGAAGUGGCUAACCUUGUGGGGCUCAGGUUGCCCACUCAGCCAGGAGGUAAAGGCUGGGAGAAGUGAGGAAACUGGAGGGUGCACCAUCUUGAAAUUCUUCAGAAAUGACUUUUCUGUGGCUGAUUCAUCUGGCCUCAUACAAUUCACCUCAUGUAAAGUAAACACCAAAGGGAAAAAUACUGUAUUUGAUUAGAGCCUGGCAGACUGGAGACUGUGUCAUCAUGGACUGCUUUGAGGGAACGCCUGUUGUGUUGUCCCAGCUGUGUUCAAGGAGGAAGGGUGAGGGACAUGAUUACGAUCUAAUCGGAAGUGUAUUUGAAGCAACUGUGAAAAUACAAGUCAUGAUUUAAAAACUGUUGUUGAGCUGUAAAUAUACUGUUAACCUACAUCUUAUCCACAUUUGCUUUUAUUUGUGUUUCCUAAAUGUUGUUGAAGCAUUUGAAAACCAAAAGCAAAUAUUAAAAGUAGCUGUAAGUACAUUUUCAUUUUGAUUCAUUUGUCCCAUUUAAGUAUUAGUCACUGAAACAGUAGUUUAACAGAACUGUGUUACACAUAUUCUGUUUGCCUGUCAGUUAAACAUCUAUUACUGCAUUUACAUGCACUUAAGGAGCCAAGUAAAAGUAAAUACACAUCACACAUACCAAAGUCACAUGGGCUUGGCGAAUUAAUGUCACAGCUCUUUUUGCAGUUGUCUGGGAGGUUAUUUAUAGUUUUUCCUGUUAGACUUGUCAUCCACGGAGACAUACGCUGCUUUCUGGCAACCGGCUUUUAUUUUUGUGAUUUUGCAUGAGUGUAUGAUGUGGUGGACAACAAACAGGAACCUACAGUCUAAUGCAAAACAAUAGUCACAGCCCUGCAGUAACUACCAGCUCAAUGAAACUGAUGGACAACCAGCGAAGUUAAAGAAAUAUCCAUGGUGUUUCAGUCUUUGUUGCUGAUGUCUUGUGCCUAUGCAGAAGAUGUUUGAUGUAAUGGUUUGUGCAGCUCUUAUCAUAACUGAUAUGCUCAUUAAAUAUUAUGUCAUUUUCA